AUGAGUUCGUUUUCAAGUUGUGUUGUGGUUUUUGUGUCGAUUGUUUUGAUAUUUGAUGGUGUAGUAUUUGCUGAUGUUAGGGAAGAUGAAGGAGAUAAGCACUUAUUUCGUGGGCCUGGUCUUGGAGGUGGUGCAGGUGGUGGGUUCGGUGGAGGUGGUGGUUUAGGUCAUCGUGGAGGUCUUGGAGGUGGUGCAGGCGGAGGGGGAGGUCUAGGAGGUGGGGGUGGACUGGGUGGAGGAGCAGGAGGUGGUGGUGGACUGGGAGGUGGAUCUGGAGGUGGACUUGGUGGAGGAACAGGAGGUGGUGGUGGACUAGGUGGAGGAGCAGGAGGUGGUGGUGGACUGGGAGGAGGAGCUGGUGGGGGACUUGGUGGAGGAGCAGGAGGUGGAGCUGGCGGUGGACUGGGAGGAGGAGCUGGUGGAGGAGCAGGAGGUGGUUCUGGAAUAGGUGGAGGAGCAGGUGGUGGAGGAGGCCUGGGAGGUGGAGCUGGUGGUGGACUGGGAGGAGGAGCUGGUGGUGGAGUUGGUGGAGGAGCAGGAGGUGGAGCUGGUGGUGGACUUGGAGGAGGAGCAGGAGGUGGUUCUGGACUAGGUGGAGGAGCAGGUGGUGGUGGAGGCCUGGGAGGUGGAGCUGGUGGUGGACUAGGUGGAGGAGCAGGUGGUGGUGGAGGACUGGGAGGUGGAGCUGGUGGUGGUCUUGGUGGAGGAGCUGGAGGUGGUGGUGGACUUGGUGGAGGUGCAGGAGGUGGUGGUGGACUUGGUGGAGGUGCUGGUGCUGGAGCUGGUGGAGGAUUGGGAGGAGGAGGAGGUGCAGGUGGUGGUGGUGGAGGCGGCUUUGGUGGGGGCGGAGGCUUUGGUGGUGGUGGUGGCCGCCUCUAA